GACUCAGGUCCCACCAGAUUCAGAAAUGAGGUCUAUUCUGAUCGUCACCCUCCUCAGCUGCUUCUGGGCAGUAAAUGAGGCCAAAGUCUUCUCCAAGUGUGAGCUGGCCCACAAGCUGAAGACCAUGGGAAUGGAUGGCUACCAUGGCCAAAGCCUGGCAAGCUGGGUCUGCAUGGCUCAGUAUGAGAGUAACUUCAACACCCAGGCCUUUAAUGGGAAAAAUGACAAUGGCAGUAGUGACUAUGGGAUCUUUCAGCUGAACAACAAGUGGUGGUGCAAAAACGGCUACCGUUCCUCGGCAAAUGGUUGCGGCACAACGUGCAGCAAGUUUCUGGAUGACGACAUCGAUGAUGACAUCAUCUGUGCCAAGAGGGUUGUGAGAGACCCUAAAGGGAUGUCUGCCUGGAACGCCUGGGUAGACCACUGCCAGGGCAGGGAUUUGUCCAAAUACCUGGCCAGCUGUAAGCUGUGAGACGGUCAUUGAAUAUGGCUCUUGGAGGAGGGAGCCCAGAAGGCAGGGUAAUUCUUCAAGGUUCUUGGAAGCUCUGAAUGUCCCCUGCUCUCUGCCUCCAAAAUAAAAGUUACUCAAGUUCA